AAAAAUAAGUUGAGAUAUUAAAUUUUAUAGGAAUCUAUCAUUGGUUUAGGACUGAUGGCGGCAUCGGUGGCAAAAUGCCCAAGUUUAUAGUGAAAAUAGUUUGUAUCUUCUCUGUAAGAUGGCGCCAUCAAAAUAUUUUAAUCAAUUAUUUUUCAUUUUCUUAUAAAUGCAUAAUUAAUACGAUUCUUUGCUUUAUAACAUUACAAUUGAUUACUUUAAUAUAUUAUUUAAACAGUUCAAUAAGCUUAACAGCAGGAAUUAUCAACCCUGAAGUUAGUGGCGCCAUCUAGAAUCAACAGUGGACACUAUUUUCACUACAAACUUGGGCGUUUCGCCACCAAUGGCGCCACUAGUAUUAAAAGCUGCUCACUGAGCGGCUUAGUAAGCGUUGACAAUUCUGAACGCACCCACUGUGUACUGUUAACCUUACAAAAUCACGCCGGUUACUUUGAAAAUCUGAAUGUAUAAAUUACAUCAUUUUAAAUAAAUAAUAUUGUACUGGUUUAAGUGAAAGAAUAGUUUUGUUACACUUUUAUUAAAUAAUUAAGUAUACAGCAAUGUCCGAAAGUAAAAGUGUCGAUGCCAAAGACAGUAAAUCUGAGCAAAAAUCUGCAAACUCAAAUGCACGUGACGAAGAUCAAAAAGAUUCCAGAAAAGACAGGCGGUUCAACAAAGAUUUUAGAAAAAAUCGAGGAUCACACCAUGGUGGAUACCGAAAUAAUAAUUUUGGCAGAAAACCUUUCAAACGUACCUGGUCAGACGUGCAAAAAGGUGAAAAAAGGACGAAGAUGGAAGUUGGAAGUCGACUGAAAGAAUGUGAUGUUGGAAUUACAGAAUUUAUAGGAGAGAAAGGAUUUUUUGGAAUAAUUAAAGAAAGGUAUUCAGAUUUCCAUGUUAAUGAAAUUGCCCUUGAUGGGCAGAUUGCAAAGCUGACAAAUCAAGUUAUCCUACCUAAGGUAGAAGAAAAUAACAGUUUGGAACUCUUGAAGAACACAAUAUCUGAUACAAUAUGGAAUGAGUUACAGAAAUUGAAAGAUCCAGAAGUAUCUUCUAUAGAAAUAGAUGUAACCACUUUAAGUAAGGAAGAUAGGAGAACAAUUCAUGUAAUUGCUAGCAAAAUAACAAAUGUUAUUAGUCAAACAAUAGCUAAAGAAGAGAAGAAAAUUAUAGUGAUCAUACGAAAUAAAAAAGAUAAUUCUGUGGAUAAUCCUAUCGGUCCAUUCUCUCAGAUUUUCCGGAAAGAUAACCGGGUAGAUUGGAAGAAGCUUGGUGGUGAAUACUGUUAUUUUGUAUUGCACAAAGUAAAUAUGGAUACAAUGGAUGCAUUAAAUCAAUUGGCUAAGCAUACACGUAUGAAGUCAAAUUAUUUUACCUAUGCUGGAACAAAAGAUCGUAGAGCUUGGACUACUCAGUGGGUUAGUGUGAAAAAAGUGGAACCAUCGGAUAUAUUGAGAGCAGCAAAAAAUGUACGUGGUGCAUAUGUGGGAAACUUUAAGUUUGUUAAAGAACCUUUGAAACUAGGCAUGCUCAAUGGCAAUCGCUUUAGGAUAGCUUUGAGAAAUGCAAAUGGAACAGAUGAUCAGAUUGAAGAAACAAUGGUUUCUUUGAGAGACAAUGGGUUCAUAAAUUAUUAUGGUCUACAGAGGUUUGGUACCAUAGCUGCUAUUCCAACUUAUGCAAUAGGGAAAGCUUUGCUACAGGGUAAGUGGACGGAAGCGAUUGAAUUGAUUUUGAAACCCCGCGAUGGAGAACAAGAUAGAGAUUUAGCAGAAGCUAGGAAGGUAUAUGAAUCAACUAAAAAUGCACAUACUGCAUAUAAACUGAUUAAAGGAUCCGACAAAAUAGAAGCUUCACUUUUAAAAGGUAUUUGUUCAGCAGGGAGUACGAAUCCUCAGGGUGCGUUAGAUUCGAUACCCAGGAAUAUUCGGCUAAUGUACAUUCACUCGUAUCAAAGUUACGUAUGGAACUACAUGGUAUCUAAAAGAAUAAAAGAAUUUGGGAGGAAACCUAUAGUAGGAGACUUAGUAUAUGAAGACAAUAUAAAACAAAAUGAUAACGAUAUCGAGGAUUUUAUUUACGAUAAUGAUACCGAAGUUACGAUAAAAAACAAUAGCGAACCUAGCGAAAAAAAAAGUAAAUUCGAAAGUGAAGUAAGCACAGAUAUUCCAAAAGUAGAGGAAAAACCUACAGAACACACAGAAUCAACAAUUACAGCAAUUAAAGAAGUAACAGAUGCUACAGAGUGCUGUAUAAAAAUAGAUGACAAUACUGAACAAAGUAAUGAUACUAAUAAGAAGGAUGAAUUUGAAGAUGUACGAAAUCUUCCUACAGUAAAGAUUCUUAAAGAAGAAGACUUGCCAAAUUAUACUUUGGCGGAUGUGUUGAUGCCUCAAGUUGGCUGGAAAGUUAUAUAUCCACCUUAUGCGAAACCCUGGUUUGACGAGUUUUUAGCAAAGGAUGGUUUGACUACAGACCUUAGACAAAAGAAUAAGAAAUAUAGUUUAGGUGGUGCUUAUAGAAAAAUGCUGCAAGUACCUAUGGAUGUAUCUUGGAAAAUCAUGCAUUACAAAGACAAAUACAGCAAUCUUAUUAUGUGCGAUAUUGGAGAGAUGCGGAAGUUGACGCCUCCAAAAGAUGAACCAGAGGGACAAUAUAAAGCUCUAAUUGUUGAAAUGUCCUUGAAAGCUUCUACAUACGCGACAAUGGCAUUGCGUGAAAUUUUGAAAUCUGAUACUUCUCCGGAAGUACAAGCUGCCCAAUUUGCCGCAUGUGUUACAGAGGCUGAGAAGUCAGACACCUCAAAAAGUGUUACAGAAAAUGAAAAUGCAUGUUCUCGAAAUAAUAACAAAAACGUAGACGAUGAAAGGGGUUCAACAGUUCAGGAAAUGGAAUCAAAUGAUUCGAAUAAAACUGAAACUGGCGAACAAGACGACAAAAUAGACGUAUCCGAUGCAAUGUGAAAUGGUGUUAUUUACCAUUUCAAGUAAAUAAAAUGUCCUAUUUGAUAUUAAAAUAAGUAUUAUUUAAUACAAAUAACAUUUUUUUUUUUAAGAAAUAUAUUACUUUUAUUUUCUUUAAAUACUUACUGAAAA